AUGACAGCCCCCCAAAAACUCGGUUUGUUCGGGGGUUUAACAACCAAGCAAAUUCCGGAGGCCGAGAAAUCAUGUGGGGUAGAAAAUCCCCGAGAAAUUUCCUUGCAGGUUGUGGUGGGCCAAUUAUAUGAUGUUCCUGAUGAAGUGGGACUCUACCUGUCGGAUGUGCUGUGCACCUCUUGGAAUGCCGUCGUUGACACAGGUGUUCAACCUGGAGAUACAGUUGCUGUUUGGGGCGGUGGUCCCGUUGGGCAAAUGGCGGUUGAAUUUGCCGUUGUCAAUGGGGCAAAGAGAGUUAUACUAAUCGACGGUGGUCAGGGACGUUGGCGCCUAGAUUUUGUGAAAUCCAAGGUCCCACAACUCGAAACAAUCGACUACACAUUGCUACCAAAGGGGGAAACUGUCGUCUCUACUUUGAAGAAGAUGUGCGAUGGACGUGGCCCUGACGUUGCAAUUGAGUGUGAAGCUGGCGAAUACUCCAAAACAUUGGGUCAUACUCUUCAAAGAGCAGUGGGGUUGGAAAAUGACACGCCAGAGUCAGUCAAUGAAAUGAUUGAGUCAGUCAGGGGUUUUGGAAGCUGUGGUGUGACAGGAAUUUAUACAGGUUACGGAAAAAUUCAGCCAUUGAAUAUGGUCACUCAUCGAUUCAGGCUUGAGGACAUGGAGAAGGUAUAUGAUAUGUUCAACCAUCGUGCGGGUGGCAUGCAGAAGAUAUUUGUGGAAACAAAAUAUUCGUCGCUUCCCGCGCCUGGCACCCCUAUACUCACAGCACUUUAA